AUGGCUUCUGAUAGCAAAUUGUUUAUGGGAGAAGUGGUGAAGGAGUGGGGUGAUGUCCUCCUUGGAAAGCUCCGAUCACUGGUGGACGUCGAUGGUGGUACCGGUGGUGCUGCCUUAAUGAUCACUGAGGCUUUCCAAUCGGUGAAGUGUUCGAUUCUUGAUCUGGCUCAUGUGGUGGAUAUGCAGCCGGAGAAUGGAUUGGUAGAGUUUGUGAAGGGUGAUAUGUUUGUGCAUUGGAUAUUACAUGAUUGGAGUGAUGAUGAAUGCAUAAAAAUAUUAAAGAAAUGCAAAGAGGCAAUCCCAAAUAGAGGAAAGGUGAUUAUCAUUGAAGCAGUCGUAGAACAUGAUGUUGAUUCAAAUGAGACGACAAAGACUCAAUAUCUUCUUGACAUACAUAUGAUGACAUUUACCACAGGAAAAGAGAGAAAUGAAAAUGAAUGGAAAUCAAUAUUUCUUCAAGCAGGCUUCCCAAGUUAUCAGAUAAUCUGUGAUUUAGGUGUUCAUUGUGUGAUUGAGGUCUACCCUUAA